GGAUAUAUAGUCCCAAGGUAGAAUCCCUUCUGGGUUUUAGGCAGUUGUACCAAGCCUGUAAGGCUGAGUAAGGGUGCUCCUCACCCUUUGGAAGAGAAUACCAAGUCAAUCCCUGCAGCACCCAGGAAUCAUCACCCUUUUCUUCCAUAGGACUGGCCCUGACCGCUGUCCCCCAUCCCUCUCCCACACUGAGGAUUCCCAAGAACUUCUUGGGUCUUGUGACACCAUGUCUGGGUUUGCCUCCCUGCUGCUGCUGCUGCUCCUCUCUUGCCAGAUCUCAGAAGGCUCCAAGCACGUAGAAGCAAGGAACAUCACUGAAAACAACUGUCCUUCACGGAAAAAGAAUUUUGCAGUGCGUACAGGACAUGUUUGUCAGAGGAGCUGUGAACGCCGCCAAUGUUCAAAAACCAGAAAGUGUGCAUGUGACGAUAAAUGUGGACUCAGUUGCAUUUCUCCAGCGUUAAGAUGUCCCUGGCCUGUGACAGUUGAUAAUGCCGAGACACACUUGGCCCAGGAAUCCCAUGGUUUUGGAGACUUCAUGACAGUGACCUGCCAAUCUGGAUAUAGACUACCGGAUGGACAAGAAAUGGCAGUCAGCCGUUGUCAAGGAGACGGAAAGUGGAGUGUCACUGCACGCUGUAAAGAAGUUUUUAGUUUUGCAAAUGUUUGCAAACCUCCCCCUGAAAUUGAAAAUGGAGACCACGAAAAUGGUCCUUAUACCAUAGGAAAGGAAGUGCUGUAUACAUGCAAAUCUGGAUAUUGGUUGCAGGGGGCCAAUUCACUCCGAUGCCAAGAAAAUGAGGAAUGGUCAGACAAUGCUCCAACUUGCCAUCCUGUUACCUGUUCCCGACCACCUGACAUUGCACAGGCAACAUUGGUGGCUGUGCACCAAUCUGAAUAUCCUGUAGGAACUGUUAUCUAUUACUUAUGUCAGAAGGACUUCUUCCUAGAUGGUUCUAACAGAGUCAUCUGCCUGAAAAAUGGAAGCUGGUCCCAUCUGCCUUACUGUAGAGCUCGCUGUCCCAUCAUUGCCCAAAGGAGCCGGAUGAUCUACCAUGGACAAAAGGUUUGGGCCUAUGAGAUCCCAAAGGGUUUUAUUCACCAUGGUGAAACUGUCACGUUUUUCUGCCGAAGUCAGAAUAAGACCUGUAAUUUUGAAGCUGAAAGCCGCUGUUUUGAUGGUGUAUUGAAGAUACCUGAUUGCUAUGAUGAGCCAACAUACUUGCAAUACCAUCUCUUCCCCAAAAGAGUUGUGUCCGAAAUCCGUGCUUGUUGAACAUCUGACCUCAUUACUUCAGCAAUGAGAUCUGUCUCCUUCUCCUUGUUCAAGCUUGCAAGGCAUCCUGGAAGUCCAAGGGGAGAAAUGGAAAUGAGAAGAUUAAUACUAAGAAAAGAUGUCAACCAAAGGGAAAAGAGAAGGCGGGGCUGUUGUAUUGAUAUGCUACAGCUGGCAUUCUUCACAAUCAAUAGUUAGGUGUAUAUUUUAUUUAUUUUUGUCUGUUGUUCACUAAGUGAGCAUCAAGAUUCUUGCAGGCCAUCCCAAACCACAACUCAAUUUCUCCUGUAUUUUUUUCAAAAAUAUUUCUUCCACAAAUCAUAUGGUUAAAUUCAUCCAAACUAUCCUCUAAAUAGAGAGGAUUUUAAACAUGAGGGAGGUUUCAUUUAGAGCCUACAAUA